AUGAUAAUAAAAAACAACGAAUAAAGAGCAUCAAUAAUUAAAUCAAAUAUAACAUUAGUUAGUCCAGUUAGAAAGUAAUUAAGAUUUUACUUCUAUUUAGAUCCUCAUCUAUAUUUUUAACAACAUCUAAUUAGAAUAUAAUGAGCUUUAAAGAAAUCAGUCCUAAAUAAUAAGAGUUGAAUCGCGUUCUCAAUUUUAAUAUAAAUCACUCAUAAUCUGCUAAUUCAUCCAUGUACUCUAUUGAAUAGGCCCCUAACUAAAAUAAAAUCAAAAAUAGAGUAAAUUUAGUAGAUAUAAGUUCAAAAUUUCUGUAACUUGAUGAAGAAAUAAUAGAAGUUUAUAAUGAAUUUGAAAAAAAUUAUAGAUCUAUUAAUUAGUUAGAGAAAUUAGAACCCAUUUCUUAUUAGACUAAUUAAUAUUUAGAGGUAAAACGUAAAAGCAAAAAUUAAUUAAUUCAAACUCAAGAUGAUUUAAUACAGUCAGAUUUGAUGCAUGGAGAUUAGAAUAGAAUUAAAAUAAAUCGUUUUAAAUUCAAUUAUUAUAGAAUGAAACUGAGAGGUAAAGUAUCACCAAUACAUGUAUUCUUUAAUAUUCCAGAUAGAGUUUAAACAUCUUCUCUUAAAAUAUUUUUAUCAACAAAAGCAGAAUUUCCUACAAAAUUUAAUGCUGAAUACAAUAUUCAUUCUAGAUUUGCAAAAAUCUAUUCAGAAAAAAAUUAACACUAUUUUAGUGAAGAAUAUUUAUUUAUCACUCUCUAUUCUGAAGUUGAUUUUGAAUUCUCUAUCAGCUUUUCGUUUGGUAAUUCAUCAACUAUUAAAUCUCCUAUUAAAUAAUAACUUGAACCUUCUGAAGAAAUUUAAGAUACUUUCCCACUAACUCAUAAAAUUCAACCCAAAGAUAAGAUAAUAGGUAAUCUUUAAGUAGCACAUCAUUAAGUAAGCCAUAGAUUGAAUAAGAUUCUUUCAGUAUAAUCAGAAAGAUUACAAAAAUAAAAAAUGGCUAAAUCUAUGAGAUAGUCUCUAAUCGAAGAUAAAUAAUUAGAUAAAAUAUCAAAAUUAUUAGUAAAGGAUUAAAUAAUUCAAUUUAGAGAAAUUGAAAAAUAAAUUAAGUAAAAAAGAGCUCUUGUAUAAUUUGCUUAAAAAAACUGGAUACAAAUUUUUGGUUUAUUUUUAAUUACUGAAUACAUAUUUUCUUGUUUAUAAGAGUAAAGAAGAAAGUAAAAAAUUGCUGCCAAAGGAAAACUUUUAGUUUGGGCAUUAAAAACAAAAGCAUUAAUAGAUGUUAAAGAAUAUGGUGUCAAUGCAAAAGAGAGGACAAUAUUUAAAUGUAGAUGUGUUAUGAAUAGUUUUGCUAAUAUAAUUAGAUCAAAAACAAAAUAUAAAGCAGAAUUUGUAAUAACUAAAUUUAUGGAUAGAAUUCUUCUUUUUCUUACAAUCUUAAAUAAACAUUAAAGCACACUUAAUAAAGGUAGACAAAUUUAUAAUUUUUUAUUUUAGUUAUAUUUAUUUAGAGGAAGUUUCGUCUUCUCAAAACUAAAAAGAGAUAGUUUAAAGAUAAGUUUUGGAAAUUAAUUAAAGAAAAUAUUGCUGAUAUCCUUUUUGAUUUAAGAAGAUAAAAAGAAAACCAAUUCUUUUUUGAAAAGCAACAAGUAAUAAUUGAUGUGUAAGUUGAAAUCCUGUAACUUUAGCCCAACAAUGAAUUAAGUGAUUGACGAAUACAAUAAAAAAUAAAGAGUACUUUGGAUCGAAUAUAUUUAGCAUACAUAUUUAGAAAAGGAUUAAAAAAGAGUAAUGUAAAUUAUUAACUAGAAAAUCCAUGAAACUGCACUAAACCUAAAAGAACCUAAAAUCUAUGACUUGCCAAAUAGAAAUGAACUUAGUCUACUUAUAGAAUAAUAUGCCAAAUUGAAAAAAUUACUUUGA